AUGGCAUCAUCGUCAGGUGGCGCCGCCGCCGACCUUGAGAUCAAGAGCGAGACGGCGUGCUUCGGGGGUAGGUUGCUCAAGUGCGUGCACCAGUCGAAGGCCACCAAGACUCAGAUGACCUUCACCGUGUUUCUCCCCCCCGCGGCGGCAUCCAGCGCUGUGCCGGUGCUCUACUACCUUAGCGGUCUUACCUGCACCGACGACAACUUCAUCCAAAAGGCUGGGGCACAGCGGAUCGCAGCCCUCAGGGGGGUAGCACUUGUCGCCCCGGACACGAGCCCGCGGGGCGCCGGAGUUGCUGGAGAGGAUGAAGGCUGGGACUUCGGCACGGGGGCUGGGUUCUACGUGGACGCGACGGAAGCGGGCUGGAAAGAGAACUACCGCAUGUACGCGUACGUGACGGAGGAGCUCCCGGCGGCCGUCGCCGCCAGCUUCCCGGCGGUGGACACGUCCAAAGCCUCCGUGUGCGGGCACUCGAUGGGCGGCCACGGCGCCCUCGUAGUGGCGUUCCGAAACCCCGACAAGUAUCGCAGCGUGUCGGCCUUUUCGGCGAUCUGCAACCCAGUCGAGUGCCCCUGGGGCAAGAAGGCAUUCUCCGGGUACCUCGGCAAGGACGAGGCCGCGUGGAAGGAGUACGAUGCGACGGAGCUGAUGCGCCGGGAUGGCCCGUUCCCGAGCCUCGGCAAGAUCCUUCUCGACCAAGGAUCCGCAGACAACUUCCUCACAGCCGGCCAGCUUAUCCCUGAGGCCCUGGUGAAAGCCUGCGAAGACAAGGGACAGCCGUGCGAGAUGCGGAUGCAGGACGGGUAUGACCACAGCUACUUCUUCAUCAGCAGCUUCAUCGAGGAUCACGUGAGCAUGCACGCCGACCGUCUCUUGGCAUGAGGGAAUGAAAACACACAAU